CACACUUGCCUUCAGGCAAUGGUGGAUAAGGUCAAGAAAGCUUUCUGCUUGCGUCUUUCCGCAAAAGACGACCUCUGUCACAGGCUCUCAAGAGUAGGGACGGCUAAACCUCCCUCCAGUACCCCUUACAACCCCUCCCUCCUUUAGAAAAGACCAAGAGUUGUGAGAGAGACUGUGGCCAUGGCAUUCUAUUACAGUUGUACGGACGCACCACGAACUUCAUAGAAGACAGGAUCCAGUGAAUGAGACGAAUAAACACUUGCGCCUAAUUUAUUCUCUUUAUCGUGGAUUUUUCCUUUUUUGGAUCACUUUAAUUCCACACGUGCGUGGAUUCUUCGGGUCUACAAAGGGAUUUCACGUGGUUGGGACUGCGCGAACGAAAGAUACGACUGAACGGCUACUAUCUGUAUCUCAGCCUGUAGCCAUGCCAGUUGGGUUUCAGCAACUUGGAGGGGAGACGGUGACUGGAACCCUCGCUCUCUCAGUGUUCACCGCAGUGCUCGGAUCCCUGCAGUUUGGCUACAACAUUGGCGUCAUCAAUGCCCCUCAGAAGAUCAUUGAGCAGGACUACAAUGCCACGUGGCGCCAUCGGUACGGGGAGCCCAUCCCCCUGGGAACGCUCACCUCGCUCUGGUCCCUGUCUGUGGCCAUCUUCUCCAUCGGAGGCAUGCUCUCCUCCUUCUGCGUGGGCGUCAUCUCAGAGUGGCUGGGCAGGAGGAAAGCAAUGUUGAUCAACAACUUGUUUGCAUUCAUUGGCGGAGGCCUGAUGGGGAUGUCCAAGAUCAGUCGGUCAUUUGAGAUGAUGAUCCUCGGCCGGUUUGUCAUCGGGAUGUACUGUGGAUUGGCUUCAGGGCUGACACCCAUGUAUGUGGGUGAGAUUGCACCCACCAGUCUCCGAGGGGCACUGGGCACCCUGCACCAGCUGGCUAUCGUCACAGGCAUACUCCUAGCACAGAUCCUUGGUCUGGAGUCUCUGCUGGGUAGCGAGGAGCUCUGGCCCAUGCUGCUGGGGAUCACCGUUAUCCCCACCGUCCUGCAGAUGGUGUUGCUGCCCUUCUGCCCCGAGAGCCCCCGGUUCCUCUACAUCAUCCGCUGCCAGGAGCACCAUGCCAAGAGUGGUCUGAGAAGGUUGACGGGGAGACAGGAUGUAGGGGACAUGCUGGCGGAGAUGAAGGAGGAGAAGAGGAGGAUGGACAUGGAGAGGAAGGUGUCCAUCCCGGAGCUGUUCCGAUCUCCGUUUUACAGACAGCCUAUAAUCAUAGCUAUCGUUCUUCAGCUCUCCCAGCAGCUAUCUGGAGUUAACGCUAUAUUCUACUACUCCACCAGCAUCUUCCAGAAGGCAGGGGUCCAAAGCCCUGUCUACGCCACCAUAGGAGCCGGAGUGGUCAACUGUGCCUUUACCGUGGUCUCGCUCUUCCUGGUGGAGAAGACAGGCCGCAGGACACUGCACAUGCUCGGUCUGUCCGGGAUGUGCCUGUGUGCUGUCAUCAUGACGAUGGCCCUCGCCUUAUUGGACAGGGUUCCCUGGAUGAGCUACAUCAGCAUGUUGGCCAUCUUUGGCUUCGUGGGCUUCUUUGAAGUGGGUCCUGGUCCGAUCCCCUGGUUCUUCGUCGCCGAGCUCUUCUCCCAGGGCCCCAGACCUGCUGCUAUGGCUGUGGCCGGAUUCUCCAACUGGACCGCCAACUUUAUUAUCGGCAUGGGCUUCCAAUACAUCGCUGACGUUUGCGGCCCGUACGUGUUCCUGAUUUUCGCAGUGCUCAUCCUUUUCUUCAUCCUCUUCACUUUCUUCCGGGUGCCAGAGACGCGGGGCAAGACGUUUGACCAAAUCGCUGCCAAUUUCCAGCAGCACUCGGCGACCAUGAUGGACAUGGACCUGGACCUGGGCCUGGACAAGCCUAGCACCGAGCUGGACUACCUUGGGGAUGGCACUCUGAACUAAGGGUGCGAGGCCUGAGGAGGGAAACAAGGCUGGGCGCCAUAGAAAUGAAGUUGGGUAUAGUCCCUAGGGGUGGACAGUCCUUUGGGCCUGAUUCCAACCCAUUGCUGUGUAUUUGGAGAGUUGAUGAGAGUAUGCAAUUACUUUGGAAUCAGGCCCUUGUAUGAUGCCAUGGGUGAAAUAGGGAAAUGACGCUAAGUGGGGGGGCAUUCCUGGAACUCAACUUAGUAGAAUCAGUUUCAGGGAAAAGGUUAUACAACUUUAGAACAGAACUGCAACAACUUAACACAGCCCCAGGAGAGGAAGAGUUGGAGGCUUGUUACCAAGUUUGGGUGACAGAUUCUGAUUACCAUAGCAACCCAUAAUGGGUCAUAGUGGGCUGUAAAAAAUGUUUCAGAUUUUUUUAAGGCAUAAAUCACAUGGUUUUUAAAUGCAGGUUGAGGUUGGGAUAUUAUUCUGUGAUAUUGCACACCGAUAUUAUAUAUAGAGCAAUGCUGGAGAGACUGUUUUUACUGCACUUUAUCUACAAAGAUGUCAGGCUUUCAGAGAUGGAGAAAACUAGUUACAGAAGGGAAAUAAGGUUAACCAACUUGCAUUAGUAACUAGUUAAGUGGUUUUGACAUGUAUGAUUUGUUUCUGACAUUUCAUGGUGUAUAGUACAGCCUACAGAAAUGUUACUGUGAGAAGUGAUAACGAUGUACAGUAAUUAGUACUUAAUGUUUAUAGUGUGCUGGUUUGAUUGAAACAUAGGAAAACUAAUGGUUUGAGGGUCUACAAAUAUUCAAACUUUACCCACUCCAAAAGGAGGAUGCCUUUCGUUUUUUUUUUUUUUUUUUACCGUCUCCGCAUAUGUCUGAAGGUACUAUGCAUGCAGUUAGAGAUUUUGGAUGUACUGGUGUGAUUGUUUCUUGAAGACUUGUAUUGAGAUAUUGUACAAAGGACACCAGUAAUUUAUAAAAUGUGUGAAUAUUAA